AUGGCCCCCCUGUUCAGACAGAACAUGGGUGCCCUAGGGAUACACCGGCCGGACCGUUUGAACUGGUUUGAGAUACACUCGGCCGGCUUGUUAGAAACCAGUCCGGCCGGCCUGUUUGCAACGAGGAAAUCACAGCUCCGGCCGGAGGCGGCUUUACCGUUUGCAACGGUCGAAAUGCACUCCGGCUGUACCGUUAGUAUCGAGCUGCGCGUGGCCUGCAAGGCGGACGAUGUCGCCAUCUUCAACCCUUCGUCUGGGCAGACCUGCCAAGGAUGGGGGGCCGCGUUCGUGAACACGUACGGCGGCUACAUCGACAAUCCACAGGACAACACUGCCUCUCGGUAUUGCCAGUACCCCGUCGGGGACCAGUUCUACGAGCCCCUCGACAUCAGUAUCCGAGUCCACAAUCGGUUUCGCGAUGCUUAG